CGCUCGAUCGUUCUCCUGUUUCAUCUCAGCUCCGAGCCUUAUUAGAUAGCUGACAAGCUCAUCAUCUGCGAAGUUAAUUGCUGCCGUCGGGAACCGGGAUCAAUCGAGAGUGAUCAUCGGUCGAUAGCAACCGUGAGUUCGUGUCGUGACCGAGAGAGAGCAUGACGAAGCAGUGGCUAGUGUUCGCAUGGGCCUUGCUGGCGGCGGCCUCCUCGGUGGCGCGCGCGUCCCCACCACCGCUGCAGGUCGGGUUCUACGAGCACUCGUGCCCGCAGGCCGAGGACAUCGUGCGCAACGCCGUCCGCCGGGCCGUCGCCAGGGACCCCGGCCUCGCCGCGGGCCUCAUCAGGAUGCACUUCCACGACUGCUUCGUCAGGGGGUGCGACGCCUCGAUCCUGCUGGACUCGGCGCCGGGGCAGCAGCACGACACGGAGAAGUACUCGCCGGCCAACUUCCAGAGCCUACGCGGCUUCGAGGUCAUCGACGAGGCCAAGGCCGUCGUGGAGGAGCACUGCCCGCGCACGGUCUCCUGCGCCGACAUCGUCGCCUUCGCGGCGCGCGACGGGGCCUACCUCGCCGGCGGCAUCGACUACCGCGUCCCCGCCGGCCGCCGCGACGGCCGCGUCUCCGUCAAGGACGAGGUGCUCGAGGACGGCAACCUGCCGUUCCCGGAGUUCACCGUGGCGGAGCUCAUCGAGAACUUCCGGCGCAAGGGGCUCUCGGCGGACGACAUGGUCACGCUCUCGGGCGCGCACUCCAUCGGCCGCUCGCACUGCUCGUCGAUCACGGACCGCCUGUACAGCUUUCAGGGCGAGCCCGGGCGGACGGACCCGGCCCUCCACCCGGCGUACGCGGCCGACCUCAAGCGGCGCUGCCCGCCAUCCACGGACGGCGACAUGGAGGACCGCACGACGGUGCCGCUCGACACGGUGACGCCGAAUGCCUUCGACAACCAGUACUUCAAGAACGUGCUGGAGCACAAGGUGCCCUUCACCUCCGACCAGACGCUGCUCGACAGCCCCUGGACCGCGGGGCUCGUCGCGUUCCAUGCCGCCGUCGGCCAGGCGUGGGAGGCCAAGUUCGCUAAGGCCAUGGUUAAGAUGGGCGCCAUCGAGGUGCUUACCGGAUAUGAGGGCGAGAUCAGGCAAAAGUGCUCCAUGGUGAACUACUACUAGUCGACUCGGCUACUUGAUCAAUCAAAAUCAAAACAAGAAACAAAUCAAAGAGAGAUUUGUCGCCGGUUCCUUUAGCCUAUUUUCGACAAUUUGUACAUUCGUCCUGAGUCCCAACGACAAAGUGGGAUGAGAUGUUGUUCUGUUGUUAAUUAUAAUAUGUUUAUUCGUGGGCUUGCU